UAUUACUGGUUUUUACUUCUUUCCACUGUUGUAUUUAAAUGUAGCUACAUUCUCUUUCAUCUCGAGGGGUGAUUUCAGAGUUUCCUUGCCAGAUCUACAGUCCAUCUGCACAUCAUCUACGGCCUUGUGGCAUGAUGUGUGAUUCUGCAGCCUUAUUCUGUGCCAGUAAUUGCUGCCUAACACAUGGUCAGGCGAGAUGUGUGAACCAGGAGCCUAUUUCUGCAGCCUCAAUUCCCAUUUGUAUUCCACAGAACGGGUUGAGACUACUCACAUGUCUGAGACCCACUGAGUAGGACUAGAAGGCUAUUAAAUACACAAACAUUGCAAAAGUGUAAUAUAAGUAAUAUUAAAAAACCCAAAAGAUAGUGUUUAUAGUAAAAUCCUUGGAAACAUUAACAAUAUGGGGGAAAUUUAUUUUCCAUGUAUUAAUUAGGAAAAUACAGAUACCCUUUAGACAAGAUUGAUUGUGAAGAAAAAUGCAGGGUUUUUUUACUUUGUCUGUUUCUUUUGUUUUUUUUAAAUAAACAUAGCAUAAAAUUUAAUUUUAUCUUGGGGUCCUUGUCCAAAAAUUGCUGAAAGCUCAAGAGGAAUUAAAAGCGGGCUUUGUUUUGCAGCUGAAUUAAGAUCUCACGUUACUUCACACUUUCCAGCUUGUUUGUGUUUAUUGUGCCUUGGGAGAGGUGAAGUCAGUUCUGCAGUCAAAUCUGGAAUUUCCUGCAGUCGGGGUGGAAAGGCAAUUUGAAUAUCUUUUUGCUACUUUGAGGAUUUUAAUUUAGUCUCUUUCUCUAAUCGAAAGUAACACCACACGCCAAGAAGUGACAGCUUGUGUCUGUGCAAGUGGACGGUGUUACUGUGCCACCCCUCUGCCGGAGUGUCUGGAGAGAGGCGUGCUCUGAACUACGUCUCCCAGCAGCCCGCGCUCGCCGACUGAAGGAAGUGGUCACGGUGGUUCUUCCUGAACUUAGGGCAGAGAUUUUAAGCCUGAGAAGCGGCGGUCUCCUGACGGUGCUGUCUGACGCAGUUUGACACGACCCGUGUCUCGCCACAAGAAAGAUCCGCUGGGAUGGCGGUGCAGGUGUUGGUCCUGCCUUCCCCCAGGUGUCUGUUCGAUGACGCUGUGCAGAUCCGUGUGGUGGGUCUCCGGCCGCAGCAGGCGGUCACCCUUCGAGCCAGCCUGGUGGAUGAGAGCGGGGAGCUUUUCCAAGCCCACGCUCACUACAGAGCUGAGAGCAGCGGAGAGCUCGACCUCACCUGCUCCCCAGCUCUGGGGGGCAGCUAUUUGGGAGUGGAGCCGAUGGGGCUGCUGUGGUCUCUGCAGUCUAAAACGCCCUAUAAGCGGCUAGCAAAGAGGAAUGUCCUGACCCCUUUCUGUGUGGACUUGGAAGUGUAUGAAGGCCAUGGGGACAUAAGCCGCUUGCUGGGAAAAUGCACCAACGAACGAUGGUUUUUAGGAGAGGGGGUGAAGAGGAUUUCAGUCAGAGAAGGUCGUCUGAAAGCAACCCUCUUCCUCCCUCCUGGACCUGGUCCAUUCCCUGGACUUAUUGAUUUGUAUGGAUCUGGAGGAGGUCUUGUUGAAUACAGAGCAAGUCUCCUGGCUAGCAGAGGCUUUGUGACUCUGGCUCUUGCUUACAUGGCCUUUGAAGAUAUCCCUACUACUCCAGAGAUUCUUGAACUGGGCUAUUUUGAGGAAGCUGUGAACUUUUUGCGGAAACAGCAGCAGGUGAAAGAUACCGGGAUUGGUGUUUUGGGCUUGUCUAAAGGAGCUGAUCUAGCCCUUUCCAUGGCCGCAUUUCUACCUGGCAUCAAGGCAGCUGUCAGCAUAUCUGGAAGUGGUUUUAAUUCCUUCAUUCCCCUGAAGGGGAAUGGCUUCACUAUUCCUCCCCACCCAUAUAAUCUGGAGAGGAUGAAGAUCAGUGAUGAGUCUGGCCUAGUAGAUUUUUCAGAUGUCUUAGAUGAUCACAGGGACCCAACAACUUGGGAUUGUCGCAUUCCAGUGGAGAGGUCCUUAGCCAAGUUCCUGUUCUUGUCGGGACUGGAUGACACAAACUGGAAAAGUGACCUCUAUUGCCAGGAUGCUGUUCAGCGCCUUCAGCAGUGUGGACGGGAAGUGGAGUUUUACUCCUAUUCUGGAGCAGGGCACCUGUUGGAACCACCAUACUUGCCUCUGUGCCAGGCUUCGAUCCACAGAGUGCUUGGGAUGUUUGUGUGUUGGGGAGGGCAGUGGAGAGAGCAUGCUAAAGCCCAAGAAGAUGCCUGGUGCAGGAUACAGGCCUUUUUCCGGCAGCAUUUGAUGGACUCAGACAUCCCUAAGAGCAAGCUAUAGUGGAAGUUGUCAAAGAUGCUGACCAGGGUGUCCCUGAAGCAGCCCACAGACUACUUGCACGCUGUGAGACCUUUGGACACAGCUUUUUGUAUCGCAGUGCAGAUGAUUUACUUUACACAGCUCCGUCCUCCUGGCCAAUCUACUCAGUAACCCUUUGUGAAAAGCUCCAGGGACUCCUGACAGUUUGGAAAUAUAUGGGCACUCCAUGGAGCAAUGUUCUCUAUACUUCUCAAGGCUUCUUGAAAAAAUUGUGGGGUUCUCUUCUCAUAGUUUGCCAUAUAUGUUGUAAGGCUGUGUAUAGCUCAGGAAGAAAAAAGUUCUUUGCUGGAGACCUGAAAGUACCAGGUCCAAUCACGUAUGAGAUUGAACACAAGCGAAAACUGACCCUGAAGCAUUUUGAUACACGUAGAGUAUAACUUGGAGGAAACUGCAGAAGAAAAGUAAUCAAAGUGCCUGUAAGCAAGAAAUGAACCACAGGUACAGAAGACGUGAAACGUCUUUGGCAAAGUAGCUGGCUCUGCAGAAGUAGUGGGUAUUUGAGACUGCAGUGGGUUUUUACUAGGGACUGUGCUGAACAAGGACAUUUCAGUGCAAAUGUGCUCCUGUAACACCAGUGGCUUCUUACUCAGGCAAAACAGUGUCUCAGGAUGGCUUCUGCAAGCAAGGUUAUUUCACAGCCACAGGACAGAAGAGAUGAAAUGGAAGAUGAGAAUAUACAUUGUGUGGUGUAAUUUAGAGAUGACUUUUCUCCAUUUCUUUUUUCUGUUUCCUGUGUGUGUUUUGAAGUCUAAAGGUUUAGAUUUUUUUUUUUAAAUUCAAAACUUAGUUCUCUAAUACACUGCCAGAUCAUUUGUUAUCAAGCUGAGGGAUAAGACCAACGUUUAAUGACAAAAUACAAAUAGUAAAAAUUUUUUUAUAGCAGUAUUUUGCUAAGAAAUUUAUAAUUCUACAAUUUCAGAAAAAAAAUCACUAUUCUGUACUGUUUAGUGCUCCAUAUACAUUAUUCAAAAAUGGAAUCUGAGCCAAAUGUAAUGUUAAGCACAGAGAAAGUGAUACUUUACGUUUGGCAAGAAGGAAGAUUAAUAUUUCCAAUGAACUAACACUCCUUGCAGCAUUUACUGCAAAAUAUCCCUGCUACUUUUCAUUGUCCAGGACAAAAACUAGAAAUGCUAACAGAGUCUUAAAAAAUUGUCCAUGCAAAAUUUGCAUUAAACCUAAAAAUGUCUGGACCCUGACUUUAGAUAGCACUUAGAAAAAUUAAUUAAAUGAGUUACAUUCUAUUUAUAUAGGAUUAUAUCUUUUCAGUGACUUCAGCCGCUGAACUUUCAACAUCUUGUGUUUAGACUGUAAGUAUAUGUUUGCAUUAAAGUCACUUCAGUGAAA